AUGGGGACUGAGAGGUCUCUCGCUAUCCUUCUUCGCUCUCUUCGCACUGUUUCCGUUAACCAAGAAGACACCUUCAGCCUCCUGCCAUCCUCGACCGGACUCCUUUCGUUGCUCUCCAAUCCCCUGAAUGUAACGUUAUUGUCAUCACAACUGCUGCACUCCCCAGCCCUAUGGAGUGGUGACGUCAAUCUCGAAACCUGCCGGCGCAUUCUCAGCGUGUUCAAUACCGCAGCUAUUAGCGUCGUGCACAAUGAAUCGCAACAACAAGUGCCCCUAUCACUAAAUACGCGGAGGAGAGGACUUGAGCGGAAAGAGUGGGUGAAAGCGGUAGUCCAGGGCGCAGAUGACAAGUCCCCACGAUGGAGACAUACUAUUUUGCUUGGAGGGAUGUUGCUGGGCAUGGAGGGUCAGGGUCUACGCAGUUUGCCAUUACAUAUGCGAAGGAAACUGGAAUCGGGCUUGGUAACGGCAUUACAGCUUUCAUUGAGAGAACUUGAUUCGUUUCCUAGAGUUGCGCGAGACUGUAUCGCUAUGGUGAUGAAUUAUACGUUUGAACUGCUCUCGGAUGCGGAAAGGAGCAAAUUCGACUACAACAUUAUCCUUCCUCUUCUCGUGGACAGUGUGUUUUUCUCCCCGGAGGGUUUCAGCUCGGGGUACUUCCUUGGUGCUGUUGAUCGGGACAUUUGCGAGACUCCUGCGAAGAAGUUCGAAUGGUCCUCUCAAUCAGCAACUUACCUUCAUGUCCGUGCGAUAACGGCGAAGCCACUCAUCUCUUCCCUGGGACCUCUAUCACGACUAAUUGCACACGCUGUUGAGAACUGCCAACACCAGUGGUUGGUGAUGCAGGCUGUGGAUUCUCUUCUCGACUUCACGAGGACACUAAUGGUUCAGUGGCGGCAGAACAAAUUGUCAGAAGUCGAUAUAUCUGAAGAAGCGGAGUUUCUUGAUGAAACAUCCCGACAAACCACCAUACCGGCUCUCUGGAGAUUGUUGAAAACAUCCAUGUUUUCUGUCAUUAUCAUUCUAAGGGCAGUGCUGGGAAGGGCAAUUAAUGACUGCAUCCUUGCGGCUGAUGAUAGUGCCCCACUGCUUUCUAGCAAGACCCUGCAUAUCCUUAGAAACCUCAGUUUUGUUUCAGCACGAAUUGGCCAGAAUACAUUCUCCCAGUAUAUCUUCGUCAAUCUUACCGCAAUCGAUAUCCUGUCGCAGUACCCAGCUCACUCCCAAGAAUUCUUAGAGAGUAUCCGUCCUGCAACAGCUGGUCGUAUUCCAGAUUAUCCCAUUGAUAGAUGCCUAGAUCUUUUUUUCCUAAAUAUAGCGGAGCAUUUUACUCUAGUACUUUCCCCAACCGUUAACGAAGAACUAUUAAUCGCCGCUGCACUCCCAUAUCUCGCCGCUGGCGGCAACAAUAACCUCCUAGAAAUAUUCGAAGCAGCGCACAGCGUCGUACUAGCUGUCCUCGCUGCCCCCAAGAGUGCAGAUAUGGCCGUGAAGCAUCUCCCACUUUACGUCAACACACUUUUCGCAGUCUUCCCCCAAAACCUCUCCGCCCGCCAAUUCCGCCUUGCCUACAAAACAAUUCUCCAAAUCACCGCCCCCCCUUCCCCUUUAGCAAACAGCCAACCCCUCCUCCCCUCUAUCCUCCUCGAGCUCGUAUAUGAAAGAGCCUUACAAGCACCCACCAUCCCACUAGCACCACCCACCUCUGCUCCCACCCCUGCCGAUCAAAACCAUAUCACCAAUAAUAUGCCCCAAUUAUCCGAACAGGCCAUCCUCACCUUAACCCUGAUCGAAUGCCUAUGUUACCUCCGCCUCGAUACGCUGGAGGAAUGGCUUCCCGUCGUCGCGCAUCUCGUCAAUGUUAUACCGGAUAGGACGAUGAGGCAGCAAUGCCAGGAGAGGUUUUGGGAUGCGCUCAGUAGUGGAGAGAUGGAUGUUGAGCGGGCGAGUUUCUGUGUUACGUGGUGGAGUACUAGGGGUGGGAGGGAGAUGGUGUUGUUUGGGUCUGAGGAAGAUGUGAAGAUUCCGUAUAUGAGUGGGGGAAUUGGGAGCGUGGAGUCGCAGAGUAAGCUGUGA